AUGGACGCCUCCUCCCUCCGCAUCUCCAAGUUCGAUGGAACUAACUUCCACGCCUGGAAGUUCAAGAUGCAGAUGGUGCUGGAGGAACGGGACCUAUGGGAGGUCGUCAGCGGUGAGAUCAAGGCGGAACAGUGCGAGACUCAGUUGGACCAAGCGACGUACAAGAGGAAGUCAAGAAAGGCGAUGGCAGUGAUCUGUCUAGCCAUGGAAGAUUCCCAGCUACCGUUGGUCCGGUCGGCAAGUGGUGCAUGCGACGCAUGGUCAAGGUUGGAAGACCACUUCGAGAAGAAGAGUCUUGCCAACAAGCUGUUCUUGCGCCGUCGCUUCUUCACGACAAUGAUGGAAGAAGGCGACGAUGUGCUCGAACACAUCAACAAGCUCAAGACGCUGGCGGAACAGCUAGAAGCGGUGGGGGGCUCCACUUUGGAGUCGCGCUCAGACACUCUUAGCUGGGAGCUCGUGACGUCUCGACUGCUUCAUGAAGAAAUGAAGCGGAAGGAGCAAGGAAGUAAAGGUGAUGAAGCUUCGCAAGGUCAAGCGUUCAUCACAAGGGACAAUCAGCGCAAAGGGCGACCAGUGAAGAAGUCCUGGCCGUGCCACAAUUGCAGAAAGAUUGGUCACUGGAUGGCGGAGUGUCCCUCGCGCAUCCAAGAAAACACGGAGAGACACCGGCCACAGCGUGCUCAAGACAGCGGCGACCGCUAUCGAUCACAACGUGCAAACGUCGCUCAAGAAGAAGACUCGGGCGACUACCUCUUUUCGAUCGGUGAAACGACAUCUGCGAAAUCGAGCGACAUCUGGCUGGUCGACUCCGGGGCGACGCAGCACAUGACGUGCUCCAAGAAGUUCAUGCGGAACUACAAGGGGUUUGACGCUGUGGAUGUCCAUCUCGCGGAUGAUGGAAUCGUCCAAGCAAUCGGCAGUGGGGACAUUGUCAUGUCGAUGAAGACACCCCCAAGGGAUGAAGAAAGAAACCUGUUCUCGGUCGGCCGCUUCACCAAGGAUGUCGGCCCAGUGACGUUCACGAAGGAUGGGUGCUAUGGAGAAGCGAAAGGGACCAAGUGGAAAAUUGGUGCCCGUGAAGGUAAAGGACUGUUCAAGCUGCAAAUGACUCCAGUGGCGCCGGAACAAGCAAAUGCAGCCAAGUCGUCGGGAUGUCAAGGGGGCACCAAGUCGUACCUCUGGCACCUUCGGCUUGGCCACAUAGGUCACGAUGGACUCAAUUGCAUCGUGACGAAGAACAUUGGAAUUGGCAUCGACAUAUCUUCGGUGAAGAAGUGGGACGUGUGUGAAGGUUGUGCUCUGGGAAAACAGACUCGAGUGCGCUUCCAAUCAAACACUACAGCUCGCACCUCCAAACUCCUCGAAGUGAUUCACAGCGACGUAUGCGGACCGAUGUCGAUGGCAACUUUCAGUGGAAAACGGUACUUCGUGACAUUCAUUGAUGACAAGUCAAGAUACUGUGUCGUCUAUCUGCUCAAGAGCAAAUCUGAAGUUGCGGCGAAGUUCAUGGAAUACGCUGCGAUGGCCGAAACGCAAACCGGAAAGCGCGUGAAGUACCUUCAAAGCGACAAUGGGGGUGAAUACAAGUCCGACAAGCUGGCACGAUUCUGCGCGGAACGGGGAAUACAACAAAGGUUCACACCCCCAUAUACUCCUCAGCUAAACGGAGUAGCUGAGAGAAUGAAUCGCACGCUGGUCGAGUGUGCGCGUUGCAUGAUGGAACACGCUGGACUGGGAAAGAGCUACUGGGGUGAAGCAGUGAUGACGGCGAUGUUUCUUCGAAACCGCUGUCCAACACGUGUCAUUCACCAAGACAAGUCUCCAUAUCAAGUGUGGACGAUGAAGAAACCGAUUCUGGCCAACCUUAAAGUGUUUGGAUGCCACGCGUAUGUUCAAGUGCCUCAAGACAAACGCGCGAAGUUCGACUCCAAGUCAUCACUCUGUCGUUUCCUGGGAUACGCCGAACACCAGAAGUCAUAUCGAUUUGAGGAAGUGUCAACAGGAGCGAUCAAGAUCAGUCGCGAUGCCACAUUCAUGGAAGACAAGUUUGAUGAAGGUCCGCGCAACUACAACGAUGAGUCAAGUGUCGUUGAGUUUGAUGAUCAUGACGAGGACGAAGAAAAAGAAGAAGGUAAAACUGACGACGACAUGGACUCGAGCGACGAUGACAACGAAGACACCAGGUCUUCGAAGAGCAACAUCAAGAGACACACGCGCACUCAAUCACUUGAGAAAGCUACCGUCAUUCCAAGUCCCAAGCGAAGAACAUACAGAGGUCCGUCGCUUGAGCAUGUGUCAGCGGCUGCAAUGGAUUUUGAAGCAGCCUGCAUCGUUGAUUCAGUGGGGGAAACGCCGACUACAUUCAAGUCGGCGAUGGAAUCAAGCGACUCCGGCAAGUGGAAAGAAGCGUGUGACUCGGAGUUCGAUUCGCUUCAAAAAAAAAGACACGAGAAUCAAGAUGGCGAAGUUGAACGUUUCAAGGCAAGACUUGUGGCCAAAGGAUUCUCACAGAAAUUCGGAGCUGACUAUGAAGAAACUUUCGCACCGGUGGCCAAGUUCACAUCGAUUCGUGUGGUGCUCAGUAUGGCCGCUAAGUACGGCCUAAUGCUACAUCAGAUGGACGUCAAGACAGCGUUUCUUAACGGCUCCCUCAACGAAGACAUCUACAUGGACCAGCCGGACGGAUACCUGGAUGCAACACAGCCGGACUAUGUGUGCAAGCUAAAGAGAUCACUCUACGGCUUGAAGCAAUCGCUUCGCAUGUGGAACCAAACAAUCGAUGGGUUCAUGAUCAAGAUGGGAUUCAAGAAGUGCGAAUCGGACCACUGCAUCUACAUCAAGCGAGACGACCAAGACAUGAUUCUCGUGGUGCUCUACGUCGAUGAUCUCAUCCUGGCCAGCAGCAACAACGAACUCCUCAAGUCAACCAAGAUGGCGCUGAGCAAACGCUUCGAAAUGACGGAUCUCGGUGAGCUCGAUUACUUUCUCGGCAUGGAGAUCAAGAACGACCGUAAGACGGGAAUGGUGACUGUACAACAAACCAAGUUUCUCAAGUCCGUGUUAACCAAGUUCGGAAUGGAUAACAGCAAGCCAGUGAAGACGCCUCAAGAUCCCGGCCUGAAGCUAACCAAGAACAUGUGUGAACAAGAAUGCAAGCACGAAGACACCAUGUGCAACGUGCCAUAUCGAAGUGCUGUCGGAGGCAUCAUGUAUCUCAUGGUCGCCACACGUCCGGAUCUAGCUGCUGCAGUGGGAUCAUUAUCCCAGUUCUCGUCCGACCCAUGCCCGACUCACUGGCAAGCUUUGAAGCGUGUGCUGAGUGAUGAACUUUAG